UGCCAGCACAUCGCGUACCCAGGGACCUUCCUUAUUGACAGGAGGCACUCUAGCAGACACGGCCUCGACCUCAAGCCUCGCUUCAGACAUUGCGGGUAGAGAUGCGGUUCGUACGAAGUAGCGUCAGCGUGUUGGCAUUGCCUGCAACCACUUUCGGACGCGCAGGUCAUGACUCGCGAAUCACAGCGCGUGCUGAGACACCGCUUGACUGCGCGCUUCCCACGAUGUCGUGCAGCACGUGCAUGCUAGCUCGCGAGUGCACACCUCGCUUUGCCCAAUUGCCUGCACGGGAAUACAGGCGAUGGUGCACCCGCGCAUGGAAUGUCACUAUCGCGGCUGUGCCGAUAGCUACAUCCUCAGUGGCAGUGGGGUGCAACCACGACAUCAAAAGCUUAGCUUGCAGGCGUCCCACGUGAUGCACUCGUGCACAAUCCUCGAGUGCUCCAUCCGGCCGUCCAAGAAGACCUUCAAUGGCCAACAUAGUACAAAAUCAAAACUCUAU